GGACAGCGUUAUCUGCUUAAUGAUAAGCUGACCAAUGACCUUGAAGAUUGACAUACCGUAACAAUGGCGUUAAUUUUACAAACGUUAGUGUGUGUUUUUGUGUUUCUGUAUACUCCAGCACAAACUGCAUAUUGUCAUGGCAAGCCUGACCUUAACGCUAAACAAAAUUUGAACCCAGUAUUUCACGGAGAAACAAGGUUUGUACGUCAAGUGAAAAAUGGCAAACUUUACGUUGCAGGGGAAGCGCAGGAUGCCUUUAACGUUGUCCAUCUUUGGGGAACGCCAUAUGAGAUGGGUUAUGCGCAUGGGUCACUGGUAAAAGACGAGGCCUUCCGUUUUAUACAGUCUGUCUGGACGUACAUGGAACAACAAGUGGUUUUAGCGAUAAAUGGUAGCGUUCAUAUUUUCAAGCCUUGGUUCUUAAAAGAAGUUGCUGACAAAGGCCUUGAUGUUGCGCUUGAUGCAGAAAUAGAUGUUACAAGACCUUUCACAGGAGAAUAUUUUUUUCAGGAGGCCAAAGGUCUGGCAGAUGCCACGGGCCUUGAUUAUAAGAUGAUAUUGAGAAUUCAUAUGAUUGGAGAGUUAACGAAAGGUGAUUGUUCAAUGGUAGGUGCUUGGGGCUCUGCUGUGAAACAGCCUGGUUCCCUACUGCAGCUUCGUGCUCUAGACUGGAAUACAGACGGACCUUUCAAAGAUUUCCCUCAAGUAACUGUGUAUCACCCGUCGGAUCCAAAAUAUGGACACGCCUUCGCUAAUAUAGGCUGGACGGGCUGGUUCGGCUCCAUCACAGGUUUUAACUCCAAACAAAUGGCUAUAUCUGAGAUUGGUGUAUCAUUCCCUGACGCUUCCUUCGGAUCGGAGUCUAGAUUUGGUAUUCCUUUUACGUACAUAUUACGGGAUGUGCUACAGUUUGACAGUUCACUCUCUGACGCUAUGCACAGAAUGAAGAACGCCCAUCGAACAUGUGAUCUUAUCCUUGGUGUGGGCGACGCUAAGGUGAAAACAACUUUACGAACUUUUGCUAUUGUUGUAUUAGUAUAUUUAGUAUCAUAUUGUAAAGUUCAGGAUUCCUGGCAGAACCCCCAAUUUUCUUUGGCUUUUAAAAUACUCCGGGUCUGGGGCCCCAACUUUUACACAGACACGGAUAUGGAACCAGAGGCAUCCUGGCACCCAAAAGUGAAAGACAUCGUUUAUUACGGAAUGGACUGGUUGUGUCCUGGAUUUAGCGAGGUUCUAGCCCGUCAACUAACUAAACACCAUGGUAACCUGUCACCGGAUGUAGUUAUCCGUGACGUAGUUUCAAUCGAGCAAUCCGGAAGUCUACAUAUUGCAGUGUAUGACCUUUCCAACAAUCAGGUCUACAUCGCAAAUGCAAGAGGGACGUACGAAUCAGGACCAUUAGACGCUUUUGAUAGAACUUUCGUUCAACUCAACACAACAGCAUUGUUUGAGGUGCAGCCACCACAAGUUUAAUUUUGUCUGCUUGUGUGUACUUGUAUAACUAUACAUUAUACAAUAAAGACCAUAAACAUACCUGAUAAUUCUAUUUUGUACAACCUCAAAAUAAAUCAUGCUGUAAGUUUUAUUUGUGUUCAACAUUAGCAUUGCUUGAUGUGUUUGUAUAUCUGUAAUAAAUGUCUGGUUUGAA